GACUCGUAAUAAAACCAAGAAAUACAAUUAACAAGCAUAAUAUUACAUAGUCGAGUAUAUUAACCCACCCUAUCAUCAUGUAUCACAGAUCAUCACCCCAGCCUCUUUCCCAUACAACAGUGUCACCCUAUUUUUUCGUCCAUCACUCCAAGCAUGCCAGAUAAAGCACUCACAAAAUGCAUCUCCAACCUCUCCUCAUCCUCACCUUAGCAGUCCACGUCUACGGCCAGCUACAAACCCCACCACCGGGACGUGUCGGAUUCUUUUUAACAACAUGCAAAGACGCGGCGGUAUGUCUUUACUUCCCCCAUCUCCCUCCAUCUCCCUUCUCUAUUCUCUUCCAGACCCCAUCCCAAAAAUCCAAAACCAAACCAAUCUAACUGACACUGUAAAAACAGGGAACCUUCGACGCAACAACCACCGAAAAAGCCUGCAACGCCUACGGCGGGGACGCCACAUUCGUACCCGGGGACCAAAACGAAAUAGAAGGAGAACCUAAACCCGUCUGUUCGAGUAUGAGUUUCAAUCUUGAGCCGAAGAAGGUAAGAUUAUGUUUUCCCACUUUUUCAUCCUUUAUAAGAGUUCCGUAAUGGGAGGUGAGAGGAACGGGUAUUCUUAUAGCGUGGUGAAAGGGUAGAUGGAAAUGUGAAGGCUAACAUGUGUGUGUGAAAUAGUGGGAUCAACUUUGUCGUGAUGCUAGAGCCUUCCGAGGGGCUGCACCUGCGUAUGCGAGGGAUUGAUGGAUUACUUCUGUCAUUUUGAAUUCAAUAGUAGAAUAGAGGGACUGAAGAAGGUCUAGAAUUAAAGACUGAAUCAGCACCAAGUUCCCAAAUAAAUAACACACACACCAAUCUCCCCACCUCACCUCACUAUAGUCUACAAAAACCAGAAAACAC